AUGGAUGAAGAAUUGUAUUGUGCAUUGACGGAUUUUAGAGGAAAUAAUCACUUCUUAAAAUUAAAUAUCAACGGGAGUUACAAUGAUUUGGCGGUUGCGGUGCAAAGUCUAAUUGCUUGUAAUGCAAGCAUGAUGAAGUUGACUUACAAAGUACCCCACACACAAGAAAUGUAUGUGCGUGUAUGUGAUGAUGAUGAUGUAUUGAUAAUGUUCAAUAUACAUCGAUGUUGCAAGGAGAAUGUAGUUGUCAUGAAUGCUGACAUGGAUCGAGAGAUAUUAUUUGGGCAACAAUGUAAUACUGUCCAUAUAAGGAAUCCGUACAUCCCUUCUAGUGAAGAACAUGUAUCUUAUUCACAAAAUCCUUCUUCUUCACAAAAUAUGUCUCGGGAAGUUGGGAGCUCUAGUAUGAUUCCUCUUGCAUGGCACAAUGCAAUUAGAAGUGUUGGUCAAGAAUUUGAUGAUGUUGAGCAUUGUCGGCGGAGUUUAAGUAAUUACUCUAUUGCACGAGGGUUUAACUUUGCUUUUGUAAAAAAUGAACGUAGAAGAGUGACAGUAAAAUGCAAGGCCAUAAACUAUGCCUGGAUGGGGUUUAUGGAGGGAUGCAGGCCAAUGUUGUUCUUGGAUGGUACUCAUCUUUUUGAUAGGUAUAAAGGAACAUUACUCGCCGCAACUGCGCUAAAUGGAGAUGGGGGAAUGUUUCCCGUAGCAAUUUGCAUAUGCGGGACGGAGAAUGAAAGUAAUUGGGAAUGGUUUUUGGAAUGCAUUCGAGACAUUCUCUUCAACGAUGAAGAUCCGUACACUCCAGAUGAUGAGCUGGUUUUAAUCUCCGAUAGGGACAAAGGGCUUCAGAAUUCCGUUAAGAAAUCCUUUCCAUGGUCGCAUCACUCUUAUUGUAUCCGUCAUCUACAGGCUAAUUUUAAGAAUAACUUGUCAAAGAAAGGAAUUGUACCACCUUUAUGA